AUGACUUUUUAUAGUUUCUGUUUGCUCCUCUUUGCAUUUACUUGGAAUACCUCUGCCUAUGGACCUAAUCAAAGGGCACAGAAGAAAGGAGACAUUAUUCUCGGAGGUCUGUUCCCCAUUCAUUUUGGAGUGGCUGCCAAACACCAGGAUUUGAAAUCUAGGCCAGAAUCUGUUGAGUGCAUAAGGUAUAAUUUCCGUGGUUUCCGAUGGCUUCAGGCAAUGAUCUUUGCCAUUGAGGAGAUUAAUAACAGCCCAACGCUUCUUCCCAACAUGACCCUCGGAUACAGCAUUUUUGACACCUGCAACACAGUUUCCAAAGCCUUGGAAGCUACACUGAGCUUUGUGGCCCAAAACAAGAUAGACUCCUUGAAUCUGGACGAGUUCUGCAAUUGUUCAGAGCACAUUCCAUCCACAAUUGCCGUGGUGGGAGCAACCGGCUCUGGGAUCUCCACAGCAGUGGCCAAUCUUCUGGGUCUCUUCUACAUACCUCAGGUUAGUUAUGCUUCAUCUAGCCGGCUCCUGAGCAACAGGAAUGAGUAUAAAUCUUUCCUGCGUACCAUACCUAACGAUGAGCACCAGGCCACCGCCAUGGCUGACAUAGUUGAGUACUUCCGCUGGAAUUGGGUGGGGACCAUUGCGGCAGAUGACAAUUAUGGGCGACCAGGAAUUGAAAAGUUCAGGGAAGAGACAGAGGAGAGAAACAUCUGCAUUGACUUCAGUGAGCUCAUCGCCCAGUACUUGCCGGAGGACCAGAUCCAACAGGUGGUGAAAGUCAUCCAGAAUUCCACCGCUAAGGUGAUUGUUGUCUUCUCCAGUGGCCCAGACCUGGAACCCCUCAUCAAAGAGAUAGUGACGCGGAACAUCACUGGACGGAUUUGGCUGGCGAGUGAAGCAUGGGCCAGCUCUUCACUGAUAGCUAUGCCCCAGUUCUUUCAUGUCAUGGGUGGAACCAUUGGAUUUGCUUUGAAGGCAGGACAAAUCCAUGGCUUUCGACGCUUUCUGCAGAAGGUGCAUCCUAAGAAGUCGGCUAACAAUGGAUUUAUCAAAGAGUUUUGGGAGGAGACUUUUAACUGUUACCUGCCAGAUAAUAACAAGAAUUACCCAGGCUCUACUUCUUUCCAGAAAGGCCAUGAAGAAGUCACAAGAGCUGGCAAUGGCACCACUGCCUUCCGUCCCCCAUGUACUGGGGAGGAAAACAUCACCAGUGUGGAAACUCCCUACAUGGAUUAUACCCACCUGCGGAUAUCUUACAAUGUGUACCUGGCAGUAUACUCAAUUGCUCAUGCUUUGCAGGAUAUAUACACUUGUACUCCUGGGAAAGGGCUGUUUGCAAAUGGAUCCUGUGCAGAUAUCAAGAAGGUCGAGGCAUGGCAGGUGCUGAAGCAUCUGCGGCAUCUGAACUUCGUUAAUAAUAUGGGGGAGCAAGUGGAUUUUGAUGAAUCUGGAGGCCUCAUAGGGAACUACUCAAUUAUCAAUUGGCACCUGUCCCCAGAGGAUGGCUCCAUCGUAUUCGAAGAGGUCGGACACUAUAAUGUUUAUGCCAAGAAAGGAGAGAGACUGUUUAUCAAUGAGAACAAGAUUCUGUGGGGCGGCUUCUCCAAGGAGGUGCCAUUCUCUAACUGCACCAGAGACUGCCUGCCAGGCACAAGGAAGGGCAUCAUUGACGGGCAGCCCACGUGCUGCUUUGAAUGCGUAGAAUGCACCGAUGGGGAGAUCAGUGAUGAGACAGAUGCAAGCGCCUGUGAGAAGUGUGCUGAGAAUUUCUGGUCCAAUGAGAACCACACAUUCUGUAUUCCCAAGCAAAUCGAAUUUUUGUCUUGGACAGAGCCAUUUGGGAUUGCACUCACCCUUUUUGCAGUACUGGGCAUCUUCCUAACAUCAUUUGUCUUAGGUGUCUUUACCAGAUUUCGCAACACACCCAUUGUCAAGGCCACCAACCGUGAACUCUCUUACCUCCUCCUCUUUUCCUUGCUUUGCUGCUUCUCCAGCUCCCUUUUCUUCAUCGGUGAGCCUCAGGAUUGGAAUUGUCGCUUGCGUCAGCCAGCCUUUGGUAUCAGCUUUGUCCUCUGUAUCUCCUGCAUUCUGGUGAAGACUAACCGUGUCCUGCUGGUCUUCGAGGCCAAGAUCCCAACAAGCCUGCAUCGCAAAUGGUGGGGUCUUAACCUCCAGUUCCUCCUGGUCUUCUUGUGCACAUUUGUGCAGAUCGUGAUCUGCGUCAUCUGGCUCUACACAGCACCGCCUUCCAGCUUUCGGAAUCACGAGUUGGAGGAUGAGAUCAUCUUCAUCACCUGCAAUGAAGGCUCCUUGAUGGCACUGGGCUUCCUGAUUGGCUACACUUGCCUCCUGGCUGCUAUCUGCUUCUUUUUCGCCUUCAAAUCCCGUAAGCUGCCCGAGAACUUCAAUGAGGCCAAAUUCAUCACCUUCAGCAUGCUGAUUUUCUUCAUUGUUUGGAUCUCUUUCAUUCCAGCCUAUGCUAGCACCUAUGGCAAAUUUGUCUCAGCCGUGGAGGUCAUCGCCAUCCUGGCUGCCAGCUUUGGGCUCCUGGCUUGCAUCUUCUUCAACAAGGUCUACAUUAUCCUCUUCAAGCCCUCACGUAACACCAUUGAGGAGGUGCGUUGUAGUACCGCGGCACAUGCCUUCAAAGUGGCGGCCAGGGCUACACUGCGGCGUAGCAAUGUGUCUCGCAAGAGGUCCAAUAGUCUUGGAGGCUCCACCGGCUCUACCCCAUCUUCAUCCAUUAGUAGCAAAAGCAACCAUGAAGAUCCCUUUUCACUACCACCCCCCAUGGAGCAACAGCAGCAACAUGGGUGUAAGCAAAAAGUGAGUUUUGGUGGUGGGACUGUCACCUUAUCACUGAGCUUUGAGGAGCACCAGAAAAAUGCAGUAGCCAACAGAAACGCAAAGCACAGGAACUCUUUGGAAGCCCAAAACAGUGAUGAUAGCCUCAUGCGGCACAAGGCCUUGCUCCCUCUGCAGUCCAGCGAAUCACUAGGCAUUGAGCCUAAUUUCCAGACACCCUCAGGUCAAGACACCAACACACAGGAACCAGUAAUGGCAGAAAACAAACCAGAAGGACAGAAGUUAGAAGAGCAGCCUCCUUUCUCAGCGGUAUACUUGCGGGAUUUGGUAGGCAGUGACACCAUCAAAGAGAAUGCCAUCCAUUCAUAA